AUGCCGGCGCCCAUGCCCUCGUUGUAUCAGCGUGAGCUACCUGACUCGCAGGAGUCGUACAUCUCUGCCGCGUCAAGCACGUUCUCCGAGCCUCAAUUGCCUUUCACAUCGAGCAACCUCUCCACAUCAACGGCUGGAGACACUGAGAUCACAUCUCCGCCCCUGUCCAAAGCUUCGUCAGUUCAGAAGACGCCUACAGCGCAGACGAUCCCGCCAUCACCGACUCGACCUCGCGUCCCAGACACGCUGCGGAUCGAUGCCGCAAACGCGCCGCGAGCUGGUGACACAGCAGCAAGCCCCAUGUCACUGGAUUCUCCCGCGAUGCAGGGUCUAAAGAGGGCAGCCGAUGGAUCAGUGAAAGGCGCCGACGCAAUAAGCGAAUCUCCCUUAGUGCCUACCGUGGGUCAUAAACGCAACAAGAGCACGGAGACUGGGUCAAAUGGUCGGAUCGGUCAGUUAUCAGCACAACUAAAGACGCGUCUUUCGUAUGCCAUGGUCAAGGUGCAGAACAACUGGGAGAAACAGUCCAUUGAAGAGCUUGAAGAGCGGAUCUCACAACAAGGGUCGCCCAUUUCCGUGUCCAAUAGGACGCCCGGAUCACGACCAGUCUUUGAAACACCCACAACGGCAGAACGCCGCAGAAGGCCCAGCGGAGUGUCUGAAAAUUCCGACCACAUGAUGCUAUCUCCGGGUCAGAGGACAUCGCCAGAUCCUUCCAGAUCGCAUGCAUCAACGCCUAAUUCUCUUUGGCGACCAGGGACCAAGCCUACCUUGAACGCUGCGGUGAACCUUAUCUCAGUUACUGGCUCCAACUCUGGUCCAAUGCUUGGUCCUGCUCCAGAAUUCGAAUCUCGGAGAAAGCGUCGCUCGAGUGCUGCAUCUCAUCCUCCACCGCUGCUUGGUUCAAACCAGCGCAAACACUUCAGCGACCUCGGUGCCGGUUCUCGAACACCCGCCACACCCCGAGCAGGCAUCUUGCGUAUGCCCAGUCAACAGGCAGAGAAAGACGCUGUGGAUACUCUUCUCUUUAUGAGCAGUCCCAAUAACUCUGGUCGCUUACCAGAUACAAGGGCGGACGCUCGAGCCCAAAGGCAGGACUUUGCUCUUCCGCAGCGACGCGUCAUGUUCGAAAAUUAUCCGCCAAGCGAGAGGGCCGCUGGUCGUUUACAUGCGCCGCCACCGAGCAGUCAGUCCGCAGCUUACUAUCGCGCCGAGCCUUCGCGGUAA